AUGCCAUUGGAAGACAGCGUUAACAAACAUGUGGUGAUCGUUGGAGCCGGCAUGGCAGGCUUGGCCUGUGCCCGAGAGAUUCUAUCCACGGCUACCGACAGCGUUCACGUGACGAUGGUCGAAGCGUCGCAAGCAGUCGGCGGACGGAUUCGAUCGCACACCGAGGCGGACGGGCACGUGCUGGAGCUCGGUGCCGAGUACGUACACGGGAGUGGAACAAUCUUGACUUCUUGGAUAGACGAAUUUCGGCAGUCUGGUGUGUGGGGACAGGAAUACGUCAACACUAUUCAGGAAAAGGUUGACGAUGGACAGGAACAGGAUCCGUUUUUCGAGCACAUCUUUACACUAUCGCACGCGGACGGAGGAGGUCGACCUGACGAAACACCAACAAAAGAUGGAAAGUACGGAAUGUACUACAUUAAUGGCGAACUCGUCAUGUUUAAUGACCCUCGAAUUGAGCCGUUGAAUCAAGCAUUGGAGAGCAUUCUGGAUCUUCCCGCUGAUGCGUCCAUUUCGGUGGAAGACGCACUUAAGCAAAACGAGAUUCAGCUGUCGAAAGAGCUCUAUGAUCUAGCGAGAGCCAGCUACGGUAACACGGCUGGCUGCAGCGAUUUGAGCAAGUUGUCCCUGUCAAUGCUCCAAAAGUUUGAGCAUCACUGGGAAGUAAAUGAGAGGGAAGGAGACUAUCGCAUGCCCCAUAACAUCGGGAUUUCAGGGAUUGUCGGCACUUGCCAUACAUUGCUAGAACAAGAUCCACGCUUUACUCUCAAACUGGGUUGGGAAGCUACACGUAUAAUCCAGGACGAUGGGUCAGCAUGCGUCUCUUCACCCAACGAUUGUCUACAUGCGGAUGCAAUUGUCGUUACGGUGCCCCCACCGAUGUAUUCCCGAAUUCAAAUGGAGCUUCCCGAGAAAAAACGACUAGCUCUUGAAAAAGUUGGAUUCGAGAACGCCAUUAAGAUCCGCUUGUCUUUUUCGUGUCGUUUCUGGCCAGAGCUUGUUCAGAGCAUCAUUUGUGCAAACCAAGCAAUUCCUGAAAUAUGGUUUCGGGAGUAUCGUUCUGUCACCACAGAGUCUAUGGUAUACGUUGCGACCGCGUUUUUAGUCUCAACCUUUGCGGAUGACUUUGCCGGUCGACUAGCAAACGUGACGAACCUUCACCAACGAGCCGCAGAUUUGAUGAUGACACAGUUGUCCUCCAUAUUAAGUGUUGCAAUACAAGAUAUCGAGGACGCUUUCAUCAAUGUACUCUAUUUCGAUUGGAGUAAUCAGGAAUAUGCGCGAGGUGGAUAUAUGCAUGCUAGAGUCGGUAUGCAGAGUUCCGACUUGGAGGCCCUGGCUGCACCCUCUGGUUGUCUCUUUUUUGCUGGAGAGGCCACCAAUACGGAGGCGUGCUGCACAAUUCAGGCUGCCAUGGAAACAGGUAUCCGUGCCGCCAAUCAAAUAUUGACCACAGGGUUUAACCAAGUUGCGUUAUCUUCUAUAGCAUGUGGGCGACAGCCAACGCCGCCAAUGUGA